ACAAUCCCUCAUGCUCACAGCACCUACACUACAGUCGGAGUGUGUGAGCGAGUGUGCAGUGUGUGAUUGCGACACAGCCCGGUGUCUCUCAUGUGAUGAAAACACGGAAAACGGAAGAGACUGUCGUGCUCUCGAGGUGAAUCUACAGUCAUCAUGCAGAGUACGGCGAACUACCUGUGGAUGAUGUCGGACCUGCUGGGUCAGGGCGCCACGGCCAACGUGUACCGCGGCCGGCACAAGAAAACGGGCGAUCUGUACGCGGUCAAAGUGUUUAAUAACCUAAGCUUUCUGCGGCCGCUGGACGUCCAGAUGAGGGAGUUCGAGGUGCUGAAGAAGCUCAACCACAAGAACAUCGUGAAGCUGUUCGCCGUCGAGGAGGAGUCGAACACGCGUCACAAGGUGUUGGUGAUGGAGUACUGCCCGUGCGGGAGCCUGUACACGGUUCUGGAGGAGCCGACCAACGCAUACGGGCUCCCGGAGGACGAGUUCCUCAUCGUUCUGCAGGACGUGGUGGCAGGAAUGAACCAUCUGCGGGAGUACGGGAUCGUGCACCGAGACAUCAAGCCGGGGAACAUCAUGCGUGUGAUCGGAGAGGACGGCCGGUCCGUGUACAAACUCACAGACUUCGGAGCCGCGCGCGAGCUGGAGGACGACGAGCAGUUCGUCUCGCUCUACGGCACCGAGGAGUAUCUGCAUCCCGACAUGUACGAGCGAGCGGUUCUGAGGAAAGAUCACCAGAAGAAGUACGGAGCCACGGUGGAUCUGUGGAGCAUCGGCGUCACGUUCUAUCACGCCGCCACCGGGUGCCUGCCGUUCAGACCCUUCGAAGGCCCGCGCAGGAACAAGGAAGUCAUGUAUAAGAUCAUCACGGAGAAGCCGUCGGGCGCGAUCUCAGGCCAUCAGAAGUUCGAGAACGGGAAGAUCGAGUGGAGCUCCGAGAUGCCGAUCUCCUGCAGCCUCUCCAAGGGUCUUCAGAGUCUCCUCACGCCAGUGCUGGCCAACAUCCUGGAGGCGGAUCAGGAGAAGUGUUGGGGAUUCGACCAGUUCUUCGCGGAGACCAGCGACAUCUUACACCGCAUCGUGGUCUACGUGUUCAGCCUCCAGCAGGCCACGCUACACCACAUCUACAUCCACACCUACAACACGGUGAACCUGUUCCAGGAGCUGCUCUUCCGGCGGACCAACAUCACGCCGUCGCAUCAGGAGUUCCUGUACGAGAGCCGGCGCCUCGUGCUCGAGCCCAACCGCCAGGCCCAGAGCUUCCCCAAGUCCUCCCGCGACAAUCCCAUCAUGCUCCUCAGCCGAGACCCCGUCAACACCGUCGGCCUGGUGUUCGAGGACCCCAGCCCUCCUAAAGUGCAGCCGCGCUACGACCUGGAUCUGGACGCCAGCUACGCCAAGACGUUCGCGGGGGACGUGGGGUAUCUGUGGAAGACGUCCGACUCGCUGCUGCUGUACCAGGAGCUCGUGAGGAAAGCCGUGCGCGGCCUGAAUGAGCUGAUCAGAGACGAGUACGGCGAGACGACACACAAGAAGACGGAGGUGAUCCAUGCGUGUAACUACUGUAGCCAGACGCUGGAGAGGACCGAGCAGAUGUGUGAGGUCAUGAUGCAGGGAAACAUGCUGUCGGCGGAGUACGAUGAGAUCCGGGACAUGAGGAAGAAGGUGAUGCGGCUGUCCAGCUCUCUGGGCUCGAUGGAGCAGACGCUGCAGGACAUCAGCACCAUGUUCCUGCCCGGCGGGAGUCUGACCGACACCUGGACGCUGCAAGUGGGAACGCAUCCGGAAGACCGGAAUGUGGAGAAGAUCAAAGUCCUGCUGGACGCCAUCAGUGCCGUUUACCAGCAGUUCAAGAAGGACAAGGCCGAGAGACGUUUGCCCUAUAAUGAAGAACAAAUCCACAAGUUCGACAAACAGAAGCUGGUUCUGCACGCCACUAAAGCGCGGGCGCUCUUCACGGACGAGUGUGCCAUGAAGUAUCGGCUCUUCAUCUCCAAGAGUGAGGAGUGGAUGAAGAAGUUCCAUCACGUCCGUAAGCACCUCUUGUCUCUGACUGGUCAGUUCUCCGGGAUGGAACAGGAAGUGACUCUGAUCCUGCAGCGCUUGUAUAAACUGAUGGAGCAGCUGCCUCAGAAGAUGAUGCCCAUGACGGCUGGAGGACUCAAACCGCAGGCGUAUCUCAGUCCCAGCACUCUGGUGGAGAUGACCCUGGGGAUGAAGAAGCUGAAGGAGGAGAUGGAGGGAGUGGUGAAGGAGCUGGCGGAGAACAACCUGUUCCUGGAGAGGUUCGGCUCGCUGACGGUGGACGGCGCCAUCAGGAACGUGGACCGGAUCUGACCGGAUCUGACCG